AUGCCUCCUCCUGAGCCGAACGAAGUCAACAAGGGGGAGGAAUCAUCGGAAUCCUAUCAGGUACUAGAAGAAACUGACACAACCAAAUCCACAGCGAAAGAACUUAAGCAAGUCGCAUUGUUUGAAAAUUUCUUUGAGAGGAAUUUCCACUUGGGGAUAGGAUUAAACCCCGAGAUCAGGUUAGGUUUUAUAGAAUUUCUUAAAAUUAAUGUUGACUAUUUUCAAUGGUCGCAUGCGGAUAUGACAAGUAUUCCGCCAGAGGUGGCCAUGCACAAGUUAAGCCUGGAUCUUAACAUCCCUCCGGUAAGGCAGAAGAAACACCUUAUUGCCGAGGUCAAAAACAAAUUUGUCAAAGAAGAGGUAACUCGACUUCUUGAUAUCGGUUUAAUCCGAAGUCCUGCACUGUUGUCUUUGGCCACCAAAGAAGCGGUGAUGGUGUCGGAAUCGACAUCGGGAGUCUGGACCUUGUUCGCAGAUGGAGCUUCCAAUGUGAAAGGGUCCAGGCUCGGGGUAGUACUAAUCAUGCCUUCGGGAGAAAACCUGAGGCAGGCCAUAAGAACUCUUCACUUGACUAACAAUGAAGCGAAUAAAUCAGGUCUAUGGGAUGUUCGACGCCAAAGAGGAAUGCAUGAAACAAUAUGUAGUGAAAGUCCAGACUCUACUCGCACGGUUCAAGGAAUGGCCAAUCACCACAUCUCGAGGGAGGAAAAUGCAGAAACAGACGCACUGGUCAAUCUGGGCUCAUCCACGGAAAUGAAGGGAUCAGACUCCACUACGGCCGUGCAGCUUACGUAUUCGGUAUUGGAUGUGGACGGUUAUUAUGAUGUAAACGCAACUAAUUUGGUUUGGGACUGGAGAAAUGAGAUCAUUGACUAUAUCGAGCACGGAAAACUACCCGAAGAUCCCAAAGCAUCCCAGGCACUGCGCACUAAAGCAUCCCGUUAUUGCUUCAAGGGAGGCCAAUUAUAUAGAAAGUCUUUCCAAGGUCCAAUGGCCCGACGUUUAGGAGCCUCUAAAGCUAAUUACGUCAUGAGAGAAGUUCACGAAGAAAUCUAUGGAAAUCACUCGGGUGUAGACUCCUUGUGUCAACGCCAUGCACCAUUGGUGCAUCAACCAGCAGAAUUAUUGCACUCGGUUUUGUCGCCCUGGCCAUUCAUGAAAUGGGGGAUGGGCAUAGUCGGUCUGCUGCCGCCGGCUCCUGAUAAGAAUGUCCUUACCAAAAAUAUUGGCAAGCGUGAAGUGGUUGAUUUCCUAUGGAAGAACAUAAUUUACAGGUUCGGGAUACCAAAAGAGACAGCCUGCGACAACGGGCCGCAAUUUAUAGGUGCACAGGUCAUGAAAUUCCUUGAAGGCUUGAAAAUCAAAAGAAUCACAUCAUCGCCAUACCACCCGAGAGCAAACGACCAUAUGGAAUCAACAAACAAAGUGAUUAUUCAAAAUCUCAAAAAGAGAUUAGAAGCAGCCAAAGGCAAAUGGCUCGAAGAGUUACCGGGGGUGCUCUGGGCAUACCGAACGACAGCCAAGUCAAUCAUGGGAGAGAGACCUUUCUCUCUCGUGUACGGAGUAGAGGCCCUAAUCCCGGCGGAAGUGGGAGAACCUACCUUGAAGUACUUCUAG